CUCCAUUGUCAUGGUUAAUUGGGGCUGAUCAGAUAAAGACAUCCUGGAUGUGUUGCCCAACAGUUCAGGCCUCUGGGAUAACUGCUGAACUUGAUAACCACCUGUCCUUCAGGGAUGUUAAUGAGGCAGAAUGGUAAUUGUGGGGUCCUGCUUGCGGUUUGGGGUUUAGGGAUGACUCAGUGUUAAGUUUUUGGGAUGACACAGGAAGCUGUGGAUGGAAGUCGAUGCGUCUUCCUAAAAAGGAUAAAUGUGCAACAGUUAGUGUCUGUGUGUGAGAGAGAGGAAGUGCUGAUGUGAUCAUCAGAGGGGUACCUGCCGCUCAGUGUCCUGUCUUAAAGUCAUUACCACUCACACAGCCUGAGGAGAGCCGCGGAGCUUUGCGGAGAGUCAUGAUGUCAGAUUCCAGAGUGUCCUCUGUCAUCCAGGAGUGGGUGAGCUCCUAUCCAGGCCAGCCUCACAGCCAAAGCCUGAAUCCCGUCUCCUCCAACCCAGCUGCCCCCUCCGGUCAGAUGUCUCAGAUGGACAUGAUCAUUUACAACCAGUCUCAGGGGAUCAUAAGGGGCGGCGCUGAUGACAGAGUGGCCGAACAGAUGAUGGGACUGCCGUACCUGUCCUACAACACAUCUUGUCUCAACAAUUCUAACUCGGGGAGCGCAAACCACCACCAGAGCCACGCCAGCACCCAGCAGGAUUUCUCCCCGUUCCUGCUGCCCACCGUGCGGGCCCCGGUGACCAAGAGAAGCAUCAGCAAGGAUAGUGCCGAGUACCGCAUGAGGCGCGAGAGGAACAACAUCGCAGUGAGGAAGAGCCGGGACAAGGCCCGCCGGAGGAUCCUGCUGACCCAGCAGAGGGCCCUGCAGCUGCAGGAGGAAAACCAGAAGCUGCAGAUGAAGAUAGGACAGCUCACCCAGGAGCUGGACACUCUGAAACACAUCCUGUCACAGCGGCACCUGCAGGGAGCCGAGGAGGGAGCGGCGCACGAGUCCAGCAUCUGAGCGGCUCAGGACGAACUCUGCAGUGGGCCUCGCAUGCGUCCGAGUUACUGUUAGGAUAGGCAUGAGCAUCGGAGGACUAAAAAAGUCUCAUUUACACUAACGUUGGUGAUUUGGGAAGUGGAAAGAUUGACUUUAGCAUAGGUUUAAAAUGUGUGCUUCUCGAAGUUGCAUAACGCAAAAAAAAAAACAAAAA